UACAAUCGGCUUCUGUUUGAUAUUUUCCAGCGUGAAUUGUCGUCAGUGAAGUCACAGGGCGGUUCGUUGGGGUUAUUACUUAGAUCUAGCUGAUUUCUGCCGUUAACGGGUCCUCUGUACCGGACGGUGACGUAGAUUAACGCGAUGUUAACGGUGAAGGAUUGAAACCCGGAGCAGAGAGAGAGAGAACCGCUACAUGCUACGUGUACAGUACCAGUGAAGGGGAGAGAGCAGCUAGCUAACAGACAUAAAUCCAGAAAUAACCGGUCACUAAUGUGGUUUUAACGUCAGUUUUCACGGUUCUAAUGUCACAGAGAUGUAGGGUCUCCGUGUCGAAGCUGUCAUGUGGAGGAAGAGUUAGCAUGGAGGACUCUUUGGUCUCCGUUAACACUUACAAAUGAGAGACGAUGGAGCGGAAAUUUACGGGAUUCUAACCAACGGAGCCGCUUCUUCUCUGGUUCCUGUCUGUUAGUCUGAGGUUCUGAUUAAACUGGACUGAAACCCGGUUUAAAGAUGAUGUACUCAUCGAGGAGAAAGCCUGUCCUUUACUUCAAAGAGGAGAGGAGGUUCCUGUCCGGUAAAUGUACCGUCUAUAAACUGUUCGGCCUCUGCAUGGUGCUGCUGCUCGUCUCUCUGCUCUGGCUGCAGCUCAGCUGUUCAGGCGACAUGUCCGCCUCCGUGCACGAGGACAGACGAUCCCCCCAGCAGCAGCUGCAGGCUCCUCCCUGCCCCGCUGACACCCAAGGGUCCUCCACAGACGACCCCUCCUGGGGUCCUCACAAACUGGCCCUCAUCAUCCCCUUUAGGGAGCGCUUCGAGGAGCUGCUGGUGUUUGUUCCCUUCAUGCACACGUUCCUCAACAAGAAGAAGAUCCGACACAAGAUCUUCAUCAUCAACCAGGUGGAUCACUACAGGUUUAAUCGAGCGUCUCUGAUAAACGUGGGUUACCUGGAGAGCGGGAACGACACAGACUACCUGGCGAUGCACGAUGUGGACCUGCUGCCUCUGAACGAAGCUUUAGACUAUGGUUUCCCCGAGGACGGACCGUUCCAUGUGGCCUCACCUGAGCUGCACCCGCUGUACCACUACAAGACCUACGUGGGAGGAAUCCUGCUGCUGACCAAGAAGCAUUACAGCAUGUGUAACGGGAUGUCCAACAGGUUCUGGGGUUGGGGCAGAGAGGACGACGAGUUCUACAGACGGCUGAGGAAAGCAGAGUUACAGCUGUUUAGACCCAGUGGGAUCACGACAGGAUAUAAAACUUUCCUCCACAUCCACGACCCGGCCUGGAGGAAGAGAGACCAGAAGAGAAUCGCAGCCCAGAAACAGGAGCAGUUCAAGGUGGACCCGGAGGGGGGACUCAGUAACCUCCAUUACUUUGUGGAGUCCCGACAAGAGCUGACCAUCAGCGGCGCUCCCUGCACUGUCAUCAACACCAAACUGGAGUGUGACCAGAACCAGACGCCGUGGUGUCUGCUGUCAUAGAGGGAACCAAACGAGUCGUUACACCGCUCCGUCUGCAGGAAUUAAUGUCUGAAACUCGACUGAAAACCCAACGUCAUGAGUAGAUUUUAAGGAAGACGCUGCAGCGCUGACUGACCUGCAGCUGGAAGCUCACACGGCUGCACUGAGACGAGAGAGGAAUGGUACAGAUGGACGUGUUUUACACUGAUUUAUUAAACUUUUGGACUCCGAUCUGAGGAUUCUAACUACAAGCCUGCUGUUUAUGAAAAGAAAAGAUCGUAAAGAGGAUUCAGACCUCUCUAUGAUCCUCUGUACUUGGUACCAGAACUAUAAAAUGCUUAAAAACAAGGUUCCAGAAUAGAAAAGUGGACUGUUUGGUGUUUUAAACCCCUGAUCAGUGGAUGGACGGGGAGAGCACCAAACCAAACUAAAACCAACAAGCAUGGAAAAAUUCAGAUUAAACUUUUAGUUCUCAGUUCCUGCUGGCAUGGUGUGAAUGCAAACGUUUUAUUUUUUUACUCUGGGAUCGUGCAAACACAGCUGGACGGAGCUGCAAACAGCAUCAUACCAGACUUAAACAUCCUACAGACACUGAAACUGCACGCUUCAUUUCAGCUUUUUAUUCAUGUCGAUGGAGAUUUAAGCAAAGUCUGCCUUGUACCUUCAGAAGUAUCAUAAAGUUUUUAAUUUCCUGCUGAUACUCAUGAAAUGAAGAGGAAAUCCUCCAAACUAGAGGAGUUUCUAAUAAAAGCUUCUCUAACAGACGCUCUGAAUUCACCAAAGAAAACAGAUUUAAAAUGUUUAAUUUCAUAAUUAAGAUUUCUGAGCAGGGAUCGGGAUCGUGUCUUAUAUAAAAACAAGCCAACCGUUUAGACAUUUAGAAGUCUGAAUUAUGAUUUAACCAAAUCUUUAGAUUUAUUUUCUGCAGUGAAUUCAAAGUUUUUCUGUUUCUGAACCUAAACUGAGCCAAACCAGGAUGAACUCUUCUGAAGCUCUGCAGAUUUAGAUUGUCAGCUGCAGAAACUUGGCCUGUAUUUAAAGCAGAGACGUUAUGCUGUCUAACAAUUUCUGCAAUGUUAUGUGACAGAUUUGGGUCAUUUUAAUUUCUCUGUCUGAGAAGGAACCAAAAUAUCCUGCAUGCUUGUAAAGCCAGACUCAUAACCAAAGAUUCAUGAUGAGAGGAGUUGCAUCACAAAUCUUUGGUCUGAAAUGGACUUUAGAGUGUGCAUCUGUUGAUUUAUUUCCUUUAACUGUUUAAUUUUGCGUCAUGGUUUAUUUUGUGUUUCCAUGAAAAAAAAAAAUGACCAAGUUUUCUUGUGCCAAAACAAACAAAACUGCUUUCUGCAUGGGGCGGUUUAUCUGAGCUUUUCGGCGUAUAAUUAGAGAAAGGUAUUUAAGAUUUUAAAAUUUGGAACAGGAACACAAGUAAAAGUAAUCAUGAAUAUUUACAGCUCAGUGGAAGUGGUCUAACCUGGUCUAAUAAAAUGACUUAGCUUUCCUGCAGAUACAGACCUUCUGGGAUAGAUGGUUUCAUAAUUUGCCACGUCUAAGAGGAGAAUCCGCUAAGUCAGGAGUGUCAAACUCAAUCACAGCAGCGGCCAGAUUCUGGAUUAAAGUCUAUCCUGAAAGCCUGAGAGGGUUAAAAUUGGACCAUAAACUGUCAGCCUCUUUUUUGCCAGAAAUUUAAGAAAGAAUUAAAAAAAAAACUUCGCAUCACCUAUAAAUCACUUUGAAAUAAAAAGUCAAAAUGAUAAGUUUAAAUGCUCAAAAUCUGAGGUAAAAAGUUAACCUUAUUAGUUGAAGGGGUCAAAAGACAAAACUAAAAUAGCAAAAAAUGUUUUAAGAAAUGCAAAUAUAUGAGAAAGUCAAAAUCAGGAAUUUAAAAAGUCAAAUAUGACUUGAAACUUCAAAUUGUAAGUCUAAGGUCAAAAUAUGGGAUUAAAAAGGCUUAAAUUAAGAGUUGAAAGGUCAAAAUAUGACUUAUAACUAAAAACAACCACAAAAAAAAACAAUAUGACUCCAAAUCUUAAAAGUUGUAUCUAAAAGGUCAUGAUAUGAUAUAAAAUAUCAAAAUUAUGAGUUGAAAGGGUAAAAGUAUAAAAUGAAAAGUCAAUGAAAAAUACAAAGUUUCUGUCAUAAUUUUGAGAUGCAACACACAAUUAAUCAC